AUGCAUUCAUGUGGUAAUUUUGAUUUACCACAGAAGUACCACAUAGACAACAAAUUACCACAGCUACCAGCUGACGUUACCACACAAGGAUAUGGAAAAUUACCACAGAUGUUCAUGUGCCGGGUACCACACAGAUAUACCACACGACAUUUUCGUAAGGGCUUGUUCGUGAAAUGGCCAAAGUACAUUGACCUCAUCUUGAAAUAUGCUGAAAAGCAGAACUUUGAGCAGCACUUGCGAUGCGAGGAAGCCAAAACUGAUGCAGAGAAAUGUAACCUGUCCUUUUUGGUUCUUCCCUUUCUAUUUCCACCCGGCCAAAUCAGAGGAAGUAAGUCUUCCAAAAGCAGAUAUGUUCGUGCAACUGUUCAGGAAGCAAGUGCUUCAUUCAUACAACGAAGAGAAAUUGGAACAAACAUCCCACAAUUCCUGGAGGAAAACAGGCAUGCACAACCGUUUGUCCUAGCCCUAGGCAAUAGGAUGCUGCUUCCAGAACAAGUGUUUGUCAUCGUGGAACAAUGUACCAUCCCUUGUUCUGAUCUCCUUCAGGGAGUAGACAGAUGCUUCAAGCUCAUCUACAUACUUGAUGUUGAGUUCCCUUGGGAAUGUCAACAUGUCUGGGAUUUUCUUCAGAAGUGUAUGUUUAAGCUUGGGGAGGGGAAGGGAAGGGAUUCAUCAGUUCCAGCAGUAACCCUCCUUCGAAACUUCCUUGAAAACCAAAUGUAAUUAAUCAUAUGGCAUAAAUCUAAGUACUGCAUGAGUCCUUGUACAGCCCACAAAUGUAGCAACUCACACAAAUGUAGUAAAACAUCUCCCACAGACGUAGUAAAAGUGUCUCCCACAAACCUAGAUAGCUAAUUCUUUGACUCUUAAAACUAAAUUUCCAACUCUUUACCCAGUGUACACUGUGAUGAAAUCAUCUAGAGGUAAGUGGUACUUCUUUAGGCAUCUUAACAUGUACAGUUUUUUUUUUUUACACCGUUUUAACAAUUCAGAAACGUGGGAGUCCCAUUUCAGGUUUGAUUGGGUAAUCACACCUAAGAUUUUAGCCUUAUCCACUGAAUUUCGCUAAUACCAAUUGACAGGAACGAGAUCAACCUGUGUUUUUUUGCGAAGGAUACAGAUAUAAUGGUACAAUUGUUUUAGGUUAUCCAUGAUAUUGAAUCUGAAUUGUUCCAUUGAGAAUGCAUCAUAUUGAAUUA